AUGACAAUAACUACUAAACGUCCCAUUGAAAAUGAAGACUCAUCCUCUGUAACAAAGCAAAACAAUGCACCAUCAACAGACGGUAUAGCUCAUUUGAAACCCGAAUUCAUUAUUCAUACCUCCUCCACUACCACCUCCACUACACCAGCUAACCAUGAUGAUGAUGAAGCUGAACCAUCCACAGAAAGACUUCCAACUUCCAAAAAGAAUAAGAAGAGAGGUCAAAAUAAAAACAGAGACAACAGACAAACUAAAGAAGUAAACGCAUUAUGUUCGAAGAUAAUUCAGGGUCAAGACCCUAAUGUGGCAUGUACGUUUGGUGAUAAAUGUAGAUUUGUUCAUGAUGUCGAUUUAUAUUUGACAACAAAGAAACCUGAAAUUGAAAGUGAUUAUUUUAAAGUUUGUCCCGUUUGGGAUGCAUUGGGGUAUUGUCCUAUGGGAUUCAAAUGUAGAUUCUUGUCUUCACAUUAUGAUAAGGUUAAUAAGAAAUUAUUGAGUGUACCGCCACCUUCAAAGGAGGAAGGUAAUAAUGGGAAACAGGAAGUUAAUGUUAUUUCUUAUGAUGCGAAAUUUGAUUUGAUUAAGAGAAGAUUUAAAUUUGAAAAAAGUGACCAUGUUUUGAAUAUAAUUGAUGCAAUUCAACAAGAAAAUAGAGACGUGAUGAAGCCAGAAAAGACACAACCAAUUCACGAUGACAAGGAUGAACAAGAAGAAGAAACAAAUGGGGAAAAGAAUGAACGUGUAGCCCCACAAGUCUUACAAAGAGAAAAGGAAUUAGAAGAACAUAGAAAUAAACAAAAGGAAUUAUAUCUGAAAUAUAAAGAUACAAGAUAUUUUGCUCAAGAAAAGAAACCAUUAGAUUUACAUCGUAAAAAAAUUGUAUCUCCAUUGACUACUGUCGGCAAUUUACCAUAUCGUAGAUUAAUGAGGAAGUUAGGUGCAGAUGUGACUUAUUCAGAAAUGGCAUUAAGUGUACCAUUGAUUCAAGGUACUAAUUCAGAAUGGGCAUUACCAAAGGCUCAUGUUAGUGAAGUACCUGGCUAUGGUAUUCAAAUUGCAUGUUCCAAAGCAUGGCAAGCAGCUAAGGCAACAGAGGCUUUAGCUUCUAAUCUUGAUCAUUCUGGAAUUAGUGAAAUCAAUUUGAACUCUGGUUGUCCAAUUGAUUUAUUAUAUAGACAAGGUUCCGGUUCAGCUCUAUUAGACAAUCCUGCAAGAAUGAUUCGUUGUUUGAAUGCCAUGAAUUAUGUUUCUGGAGAUAUUCCUAUAAGUGUCAAGAUUAGAACGGGUACUAAAGAGGGUCAUCCUAUUGCAGAAGGUUUGAUGAAAAGAUUAGUUUAUGAAACUGAUGUUGCCGCGGUCACCUUACAUGGUAGAUCAAGACAACAACGUUAUACUAAAUUAGCUAAUUGGGAUUAUAUUUCUAAUGUUGCAGAUUCAUUAAGAGCUUCUGAAUUUGAAUUUGAAAAUUCCACCGAAUAUAAAGAAAGGAGAGAAUCUAAAUUAAGAGUGCAAUUUGUUGGUAAUGGUGAUGUGAACAAUUUUGAAGAUUGGUACCGUUAUUUGGAUAAUAAUAAAAAUAUCGAUAGUAUCAUGGUAGCUCGUGGUUGUUUAAUUAAACCAUGGAUUUUUGAAGAAGUGGAUGCAGAACAAUAUAUUGAUAAAUCAAGUACAGAAAGAUUGGAUAUUUUGAGAGAUUAUGCUCAAUUUGCCAUGGAACAUUGGGGUACAGAUGAAUAUGGUGUUUCACAAAGUCGUAGAUAUUUCUGUGAAUUUAUGUCAUUUUUCCAUAGAUAUGUUCCUAUGGGAAUUUGUGAAAGAUAUCCAGUGUAUUUGAAUGAAAGACCACCACAUUGGAUUGGAAGAGAUGAUAUGGAAACUUUAAUGGGUAGUACAGAUUCUAAUGACUGGAUUAAAUUAAGUGAAUUGUUUUUCGGUAAAGUUGAAGAUAAUUUUGUCUUUACACCAAAGCAUAAGAGUAAUUCUUAUUCUAAGUGA